AUGACAACUGAAGCAAAAGGAAAACUUUUGGGUGUCAUUGGAGAUCACGACACAGUUGUUGGAUUCAUGCUUGGAGGAAUUGGGGAGAUCAACCAUGCUCGCAAACCCAACUACUUUAUUGUAGAGAAGAGUACUGUCGAUCAAGAGAUUGAGGCAACUUUCAACGCAUUCUGUGCUCGCGAUGACAUUGCUAUAAUUCUGAUUAACCAGCAUAUUGCUGAAAGAAUCCGCCGAGCUGUCGACCAAUACACUCAACUUCGACAUUCUAGUGUAGCAGUGUUAGAGAUUCCAUCAAAGGAAGCUCCAUACGAUCCGUCGAAGGACAGUAUUCUCAACAGAGCUCGUGGCUUGUACAACCCUGAAGAUUUCCGCUAG